ACAGAAGAAAAAAACAAUUAAUUAAAAUAAUAACAAGUAAAAAGUAAAGCGUUCGUUUACCUUUUAUACCUUAAGCCUAAUAAACAUAUAGAGAAAAUUUAUAUUCAAACGGAAUUCGGCAACUUUUGUUGGCAAACAAACAAAAAAGCGAAAGCGAAUUUAGAAAGAGUGGCAUGAGUGGCCAUCCAUCGGGACAGCGGAAACAUGAUGAUAAUGAGUGUAGUGGGCCAAGACCACCAGUACCCGGAGAAGAGAGCCGUGUUAAAAAGAUGACCGAAGGGGUUAUAAUAGAUAACUCAAAAAACUCACCCCCAUCUUAUCUGAAUUGGGCUCGCACACUAAAUCAUCUGUUGGAAGAUCGUGAUGGUGUCGAGCUAUUCAAGAAAUAUGUUGAGGAGGAGGCCCCCGCCUAUAAUGAUCAUCUUAAUUUCUAUUUCGCCUGCGAAGGACUAAAACAACAGACCGAUCCAGAGAAAGUAAAACAAAUAAUUGGAGCCAUAUACAGAUUUUUGCGUAAAAGCCAAUUAUCCAUUUCGGAUGACUUACGGGCUCAGAUCAAGGCCAUUAAAUCCAAUCCAGAGAUUCCCCUCAGUCCCCAUAUCUAUGAUCCCAUGCAGCAUCAUGUGGAGGCCACCAUUCGUGCUAACAUUUAUCCCAGUUUCCUUUGCUCGGAAAUGUAUAUUCUGUACAUUCAGCAAAUGUCGGCGAUGCAAGAGCGGUUCAGCAGCAGCGGCGGCCCAGCCACCGGUUCGGGCAGUGCGGGCAGCAGUGGCAGCGGUAGCAGUACCAACGGUGCCGCUUGUGCCCCGCUGCCGACGGCAUCUGCCAAACACAUAGGAGGAGGAGGAAGUGGAGCUGCUGCUACUGCUGCUGCUGCUCCUCCGUCAAGUGCUUUCCUUAAUUUGCCCGUGAGCAGCGUGACUGGACCGCCAGCUGGUACAUGUAGUGCCAGCGGCAGUGUGUACGGUCCAUCGACAUCGGCUAGUUCAAGUGGAUCUAUCAGUGCCACCGACACACUGCCGCGCAGUUCCACGCUACCCACGUUGCAUGAGGAUUCUGAAUUAUCGCUGUGUGAUGACUUCGAAAAGGUCCAAGUAGAUGGCGGUAAUCGGGCGCCCAUCGAUUAUCCAAUGCGUCUGACACGUGAUUUACUGAUAGCAACACAAAAAAGAAGACUGGAAAUUCGACCUCCUGGAGCUCACGGUUAUGUGUACACAGCGAGCACCAACACUUCCUAUGUACCGAAUUCUCGCGUUGAUUCCGAGCGGGCAAGCGUCAGCUCCGGCGGACGCACUGACUCGGAUACCAUGUCGUUAUCCAGUUGUUCAAUGGAUGGUCGACCAUACAUACAACGCAGACAUAGCUCAACCGAAAGUAAGGCCAUCCGUCAGAGUGCCAUGGCGAAUCGGGAGACCAAUACGUUUCAGGUUAUACCUCGCACACAACGAUUACACAAUGAGCAUCGUCCGCUGAAAGAGGACGAACUUUUGGCACAAUUAAUACCCAAACUAGAGGAAGUUAAAAGGAAACAAGAUCUGGAAGAACGAGCCCGUUUUGAGAGAAAUCCUGGAAAUGCUUUGUUAAGCAACGAAAGAUCAAGUGCCAGUGAUCGUGCAUUUGCUGAGGCUAUAAGAGAAAAGUUUGCUCUGGACGAUGACAAUGACCAAGAUAUUUUGGACCAACAUGUGUCGCGUGUGUGGAAGGAUCAAACGCCGCAUCGCUCACCUGGCACAAUGUCGCCAUACCCUCCCGCCCUACCGUCAAGAAGACGCACAGCCACCCACGAUUCAGGCAUGGUCAGCGAUGGGGCCAUGAGUUUGAGUGGUCACUCCAUGAAACACUCGAAAUCCAUGCCCGAUCACAGUUCCUGUUCGAGGAAGCUCACAAAUAAAUGGCCUUCAAUGAACACAGACAGUGGGAUCAGCAUGUUCUCCGCCGAUACUGUUAUGAAGUACAAAGACACAAGCUCUCGCUCUGGUUCAAGUACGGCCUCGAAACUGGAGGAAGCAAAACGAAGACUGGAAGACGAGCCGCGUCGCUCUCGUCGAUAUGCCCAACCACCGCAAAAUGUCGCCUCCUUCAGUAGCAGUAGCAGCGGCAGCAGCGCUGGUCCACCAAUGCAUCAUUCAUCGAUGGGAACAACGGUGGCACCUCCCCUGCCGGCCAAGCCACCAGAAACUGUUGUAGUUUUCUCAUUUUGCGAAGAGCAAUUCCCGUAUAGAAUAAAAAUACCCGGUACUCAGCCAACCCUGCGUCAAUUCAAGGACUACUUACCCAGAAGAGGCAACUUUAGAUUCUUUUUUAAGACGCAUUGCGAUGAUCCGGACAAUCCAGUGAUUCAGGAAGAGAUUGUUAACGACUCCGACAUACUGCCCAUAUACGGAGACAAAGCGAUGGGUCUUGUCAAGCCAUCCGAUUAAUGUUUAAGCUUAACUAUAGAAUUUUUGUAUUAAGUGAUUUGGACAAAACACCGGGGUGGGGGAAAGAAAACACACACAAAAGAAACGCAAAAAAAAAAAUUACGGAUAAUAACUGUAUCCAGAAAUCCAAAAACGGAAACCAACCAACAACAAACGAAAAACAAACCCCUAAAUAAAAUUAACAUCUGUACAUUAAAAA